AUGAACGGCUCUCAAUUAAAUGCAACAAAUAGUUUUAAAAUGAGCAGUAAUAGCUUAGGCGCAUCAUUCAUACAAAGCAAUCCUAGUGAUUCAAAGCGUUUAACAAACUUUUUUGGCAGAAAAAAUAAAAAUCCCGUAGAGAACUCAGCCUGCUUAUUGGCAUGCACAAUAAACUUCUUGAAGACACCCGAUUCUAAGAAUACAAUUCAGAAGUUAGAUAAGUACAUGUAGAGAUGCAAGCAAAUAGUCACUUAAGAAAAUGAUAAAUCUAGCGUUUAAAUCGCAGAUUGCUAAUAUCUAUAAAUUGCUUUACAUAAUCUAUUAUUGCAUGCACAUUUAUUGCCCUUUGAAAUGAAAAAAUCAGUCUACGCAAUUCUCACAUCCAGCUUAAAAAUCUCUUAAUCGUGCUGUUAGUACUUUGCUACCUAUGCCAAGAGCAUUACAUUCUACCUAUUUUAAUACUUCGAAAAAAAUGAAAUGUACUUUUUUACUGGUAAUGUCUUGAGAAUCCUAUUAAAAUAAGAGUUCUUAGACUAAAUGCUCGAUUUACAACUUUUGGACUCAAUAAUUAAGGUCAGCAAAAAUGCUGUCUUCGAAAUAGCCUCUGAAGCUCUAGAAACUUUCCAUGUAAUUUUCAAGCAAAAGAAGCCAAAAUAAAAAGAAAUCCUAAGCAAGUUCUUGCUUGACAAUCACAGCGAAGUGUUCAAGCUAUUUGUAGAACUUGCAGAAACAGAAAACUACUUAGCAAAAAGAGAUAUUUUACUAACACUUAAUUAAAUUCUUUCUGAUCCCGUUAAUAAAUAGUUCAAUCUGAAAUUCAUCAACGACAAAGAAAAUUUGAAAAGAGUAAUGACCAUAUUGAGCAGUGAAGAAUAAGGUGGAUUCAAAGAAGUUGCUUUAAUUUUAUUCGAUCACUUUUUAUAAGGAUUCUCUACUAUUGAAAAUGAAAAAGUUAAACAUAUCAUUGAGAGAAAUAAAAUGUUACUGAUUUAAUGCAUUAAAUAAUGUGUGAAUGAAGCCAACUAAGAAAGCUAAGGAGAAUAAGAGGAUCGUAAAGACUAUAUGAUACAUAUUCUAGAAGAAAUCUGA